AUGACAGAGAAUGCCAAAAAUCCCCCUUUCCCUGGUGGAGCAGUUCGAACAGUAGCUUUGACUUUAAGGGCAAAACUUGUCAGUAAAACCCUGAGAUCACUACCACAGAGAUUUGCUUACAAAGUGACAGCUAUUGAAGAGGCAAAAAACGUUCAAGCUAUGAGACUUGAUGAGCUUAUGGGAUCAUUGAGAACAUUUGAGAUGAACUUGGACCAGAAUAAGAAGGAGAAAGAGACAGCCUUUCAAGCAAAAGUGCAAAAACUGACUGUGGAAGAAGAUAUAGGAGAUCCACAAGCUUUGGAUGUUUCUAACAACGGUGUUGCAGCUUGUGUCACAAACGAUGUUGGAACAUCAUCUAUAAUACAGUCAGAAAAACCAGAAGAAAAUGGAGAUAUUUCUGAUUCGGACAGUUUCAGUAAUGAUGGAGAACUAACACAGGAGACUAUUCAGGAUGCUUAUGAAUCAAUGUUCAACAAAUGGAUUCAGGUGGUCAAGUUGAACAAGUCACUUGAGAAGAAAUUGGCUGAUGCUGUACAAGAGAAUGAGAGUCUAAAGAUGAAGCACGAGUUCGAGAUUGCUGAAAUGCACGAGUUCGAGAUUGCUGAAAUGAGAAAAAGAUUGCAGGAAGCUAAUGCAGAAUUAGAACGUACUCAGAAGACCUUGAAGAUGAUGAAUACCGGUACGGCGAAAUUAGACCACAUCUUAUCUAUGGGAAAAUCCAGUCAUGAUCACUUUGGACUAGGCUACAGUGGAGAAUGCCAGUCAUCCAAUUCAGUCUUUGUUAAAGAAAAGACUCAGGCUAAGACAAAAAUCCCUCAUUCCAAGACAAUUAUCCAUGCAUCACGACAAAAACCAUUUAUUCCCAUUUGCUACUAUUGCAGUUUUCCAGGACACAUUCGGCCACAGUGUUACAAGUACCUGAAUGCUUUAAAACAAGGUAUGCAUCUGAAUUCACCAAAUGUCGCAAGAAAGACACCAAGGAGGAAGAUUGAUGGAGAUAACAGAAGUACACGUAAAGUGUGGGUGAGGAAAUCCGACUUAAGAUUUUAUGUGGCUUACACGUUUCUGAAAGCGAGUACGACUAACUCUUGGUAUUUUGAUAGUGGAUGCUCUAGGCAUAUGACUGGUGAAAGAAGUUUGCUAAAGAAUUUCAAAAGUUUGACUGAUGGACAUGUGACUUUUGGUGAUGGUGUUAAGGGGAGAGUACUUGGGAGAGGAACUCUAGAUGUUGAUGGAUUACCAAAGCUGAAGAAUGUGUUACUUGUGAAAGGAUUGAAGGCCAAUCUCAUAAGUAUUAGCCAGUUGUGUGAUCAAGAACUUUUUGUGAGUUUCUCCAAAAACAAGUGUCGUGUGAUGGAUGAGGAAGAAAAUUGUGUAAUGGAAGGAUCAAGAUCAUCUUAUAAUUGCUACAUGUCGAUUCACCCACUAUCGUAUUUCAAAACUACUAAAGAAGAAAUUGAGGUUGAAAGCAUUGGUGGAAGGAAGUAUAUAUUUGUGUGUGUGGAUGACUUUUCCAGGUUCACUUGGGUUGAUUUUAUUAGAGAGAAAUCUGACACUUUCAAGGACAGUGCUGCUGAUGAAGUUACACUUGAUGUUGGGACAUCGUUUGGGACACAAAUGCCAGAGCAAGAGGUAGAAGACCUAGAUGCAGCUAAUCAGAUGACUAGAGAACCGUCAUCCAGAAUCAAGAGGAAUCAUCCAGCUGAGGAAGUAAUUGGCGAAUAG